UUUCUUUAUUCCUUUCUCUUUCUUCUCUCUCUCUCUCUUUUUUUAUUGUUGUUUUUUAUUUUUAUUUUUAUUUUUUAUAUGACAGACCAAAACUUGACAUUUUAUCCUUCUUCUUCUCCUGAUUUCGCACUUGACUUACUUUCAAAAAGUUCACCUUCACAACUUCAGCAGCAUAAAAGGACAACAACACGUACAUCAGAUUCUUCUUUUUUCCAAAACAAUAAUAAAAGUAAUCAUUAUUCAAUUCCUAAUAAUAUGAUUAAACUUUCCAACUUAUCUCAUGUUCCCUGCAAGUUUUAUAAACAAGGUACUUGUACAGCAGGAACUAAUUGUACAUUUUCCCACAACUCAGAUCUUUCUUCGGAAGCAGCAGUCUGUAAAUAUUUUAUAAAGGGGAAUUGUAAAUUUGGUACAAAAUGUGCGUUAUUACAUACUAUGUCAUCUUACAACCGUUAUUUGUUAUCUACUUCUCCUCCUCCUAUAAUAAGAAAAAAAACGAAUACAGCAGAUCAAAUCAUGAUGCCUAACGCUUUUUCUCCUCAUCAGCAGCAUUCUUAUCUUCAUGAUUUUGCUACUGGAACAUCUGCUCCACCUGCUAUUUCAUUUUUUCAGAAUUUUCAUGCUGCUGCUACACAACAUCAUCCUAAUAAUACAAAUACUGGCUUGCUGCCACGUGAAACAUCUACUCACGAUCCGUCAUUAUAUAAUAAUAACAACCAUCGAUUAUCAUCUUCGGUUAGAAAUAGCAGUACUUUCUAUCCUAAUAAUGACUAUUUUUUGAAUGACUCAUCUGUUAUGCUUCCUUCCUCAUUAAAUGAUUUAUUUACUCCUACCAAUGAUCUGGGGGGAGGAAGAGGAAAUCAACAGCGACAGCCCUCUUAUUAUCACGAUCAAUUCUCUACUUUAACAAAUAAUAGUAGUAGGAUAUCUCAUUGGAAAGCAUCUUCUUCUAUUAAAAAACCAUCUAGUACAUUGGAUGACGAAAUAGACAGAUUAAUAGAAGGUACAGCGGCUAUUAAUAUUCCUAAUAAUAAUAGUAGUGUAAGUGAUGGUAGUAGUGGUGGUAGUAGUAGUUAUUUAUUUUCUCCACCAGAAGAUCCUAUCUGUAAAUUACCUUCUUUUUAUCCACAACAAGAAGAUGAAGAAGUUCAAUUCUUUAUGGAAGAAAUCAUUAAUGAUCACGAGAUACAUGAUAACAAAAGUAAUCAUAACACACCUUAUGCUUUUCCUUCACUUGUUAGUUUACCCAGUAUAUAAAAAAAGAAAAAAAAAGAAAAAAAAAUAGUAUUUAUUCUCUCGUUUAAUGAAAAAAAAAA